AACGAUCCAAGGAAAGUUCAGAUUAAUGCGUGGACUUCACUUCUUCAAGGUUGACUUCUUCGAGAAGAACUCAGGCGGACGUCUUGAGCUUCAGUACAAGGGAGUUGAUACCAACAAUGAGUUUGUGUACCUUCACGGCUUCGUCCCUCCCCUGGCACCCGGGGCGGCUCCGUACCCAGAGCUGUACAAGAAGAAGGGAAAGAAAUGGAAACGACUGAGCGUCAUCGAGAAGGAGGAAGAAGAGGAGAAGGAGAAGGAGAAGGAGGAGAAGGAGAAGGAGGAGAAGGAGAAGGAGGAGAAGGAGAAGAACAAUAAUGGAAAGGGAGGAGACGGAGGAAAGGGAGGAGACGGAGGAAAGGGAGGAGACGGAGGAAAGGGAGGCGACGGAGGAAAGGGAGGAGCUGGAGCUGGAGCUGGAGCUGGAGAUGUAGGCGGGGCUGGAUCAGCACCAGGAAUGCCCACAGGACUCUCCAUCUUAAACAACAACUGUGCUAAAUUCAGAGAUGGUCGAUCUAUCCUGUCGACGGAUGCCGAGAUGUCGCUACUUGCUGAGUGCAUGUCACAAGAUUGUCAACAAGCGCUAGCGCCGGAGGUCGGAUGUCGUUGGACUGACGCUAAUCGCUUGUGUUAUGCGCCAAGUGGACAGGCCUGGUGUGAUGCGAAUCCUGAUAGCUCAAGUUGUCACGGUCUAAACGGCUAUGAAGAUAAGAAAUGGAAACCUAUCGAGCUUAUCGCUGCUGCCACAGACCCUAAAUUCAACUACGGAUGCACUUGCAUGAAGAGAUGCUCUUACACAAAGAGCAGCAAAACUCUCCGAUGUGACAGCAAGUCCAAGAAGGCGGGUGUUGACGUGGAUGUUUGGAAUGGCGCGAAGACCAUUACAGAUUCGGACAAGGGCCGCGUCUGCGUCUGUGCUUGUGGACAGACGCUCAAACCGGCGUCAACCUGGAUGAUAUCGAGCUAG